CUUGUUCGCAGUGAAAAGGGGAGAGGAGUGCGCGGUUGUUCGGGCGGCCAUUGCGAGUACCUUGUCGAAAAUUGCGUUCGCGAGUUCAAGUUCUGUGCUUUUUUCGGCAACAUCCAAGAUAAUCAGGAACUAUUUUAUUCGCAAGGUGCUACAAGUAAAGCCCCGGGACGUGCAAACAACCCCGGCCCGAUGGCUGAAACCGACAAACUCAACAUUGACAGCAUUAUAGCUCGGCUCUUGGAAGUACGGGGAGCACGACCUGGAAAAAAUGUUCAGCUGACAGAGGGCGAAAUUCGAGGACUUUGUUUAAAGUCCCGAGAAAUAUUUCUCUCGCAGCCAAUUCUACUCGAAUUAGAGGCACCCUUAAAAAUUUGUGGUGACAUUCAUGGACAAUAUUAUGACCUGCUUCGACUUUUCGAGUACGGAGGAUUUCCACCCGAGAGUAACUAUCUAUUUUUAGGAGAUUAUGUCGAUCGAGGGAAACAAUCUUUAGAGACAAUUUGUCUUCUUCUUGCCUAUAAGAUCAAGUACCCUGAAAAUUUUUUCCUGUUGAGAGGAAAUCACGAGUGUGCAUCGAUUAACAGGAUAUAUGGCUUUUACGAUGAAUGCAAACGUCGUUACAACAUCAAAUUGUGGAAGACAUUCACAGAUUGUUUCAAUUGCUUACCGGUGGCGGCGAUUGUUGAUGAGAAAAUUUUCUGCUGUCAUGGAGGUUUAAGUCCCGAUCUACAAAGUAUGGAGCAAAUAAGACGUAUCAUGAGACCAACUGAUGUACCUGAUCAGGGAUUAUUGUGUGAUUUGCUUUGGUCCGAUCCCGACAAGGACACUAUGGGCUGGGGUGAGAACGAUCGCGGUGUUUCAUUUACAUUCGGCGCCGAAGUUGUUGCCAAAUUUCUUCAUAAACAUGAUUUCGAUCUCAUAUGUCGAGCUCAUCAGGUUGUUGAAGAUGGUUAUGAAUUCUUUGCUAAACGACAAUUGGUGACAUUAUUCUCCGCGCCAAAUUAUUGCGGUGAAUUUGAUAAUGCAGGUGCCAUGAUGUCUGUUGAUGAAACGCUAAUGUGUAGCUUUCAAAUAUUAAAGCCAGCAGAUAAGAGGAAGUUUACGUAUGGAGGUUUAAAUGCUGGACGACCGGUAACACCGCCACGAGGUCCAAACAAUAAAAAUAAAAAGAAGUGAAACCUCCUAGAAUUGCUUCGAACGCGACAUUUAGGAUCUUAAGACCUCUUCCUACCCCCCCUACUACCCCCAUUCGCCCCCUCAUCCACUCAACAUAUUAAAGACUUGUCUUUAAAGUCUUUGUAUGAGAAAAAAGAGUAAUUAUUACGGAUACAUCAUAAACUAUCUGCGGAGCCAUCCACAAAAAAGCAAUGAUCACAACUAUCUCACUUUGUAGAAGAGUUUCCGGAGGAUCAUUGUUUAUCGAAUGAAUAAAAUAAGGAUGAUCCAAAGAAAAUAACUGUCCCUAGUAGGAAAGCGAGUAGGUGGCCUUCAGAAAAGUACAAUGCAAAAAAGAAACCUAUUUCAAUAAAAUCUGAGUGACUCCAUUGUAGUAGUGUUAUGUUUUAUAUCACAAAAAAAUGCGGGUGUUUCUCAAUCGCAAAGGUCGACGUCGAAAGCAUUUUUCUCCAAAAAAAAACAAACAAAAAAAUGGUACAUUUUGAGUCUUUUUCUUUGAAUUUAUAUAAAUGUUAUGAAUAACGUGGUGAAAUUGUUAAUUUUAUUAAUUUUUUUUUUAAAUCAUUGUUACAAAAACUGAAAAUCACCUACCCGGCUAUUUUCUUCUAAGUAAUCUUAGAAUUUGUUUAUUUACGCACAACAAAAAAAAUGUGAGCAUAUUUUCAAUUAUUGGACAAAUUUAUGCAAUGACCAUUUAAAAAAAAAAAGAAAAGGGGUAUAUAAAAAAUCUCGAUCGACUCGCGAAUUUACUGCCUAGAAAACUUAUUUUACUGGACAAUAAGAAAAUAAUCGACUUGAGAUUAUCUAGGACAGUCAAGUUUCUCCGGAUACAUCUUCUGAAUCAUUAAAAAAAAAAAAAUUUAAUCUACUUGAGGAAAAAUUAAAAAUUUGUAUUCUUAAUUUAAAAGAAAGGAUAUAGAAAAUAAAAUCGAAUUUCUUCAGGAGAUUUAUCGUUAAUGCGUCAAAUAUACAAGAAGUAAUUAUUAAAAAUCCGUACCGAAAGAAAUCUUAUCGUAAAUAGGGAAGGAGAAAUAAAUCUUAACGUCCAUCGGAGACACUGUCGUCGUUUUUCCGUCCUCGAGAAAUCACGAGUUAAUAAAAAAGACUAAAAAAGAGUCAUUUCUGAUUUAAAAAAAAACUCGUUAUUUACUCAGGACGAAAAAUAUAACGUCGCCAAGUGUUUAACAAUUAUUAUCAUCAUCAACUAUCAUCCUGAAAGAUCAUUAUCAUUAUCGGCUUCCACUUCGCAGGUUAAAUUUACUGUUAUCGUGACCAAGGUGAAUUUUAAUUUUUAUUUAUAUGUAUACAUUUUUUUUUAAUUAUUUUUUUCAGUAAUUCCUUAUCCCUGAUUCCCUAUAAUGCACACCUUAUUCUUCCCCCCCAUUAGCACCGAAUUGUACCGAGAAAAGAAAAGAAAAAUUUCACUCUACUGACACUAUCGUGAAACGAUACAGCAAAUCCGCGAACUCCUCUCACGCACACAUCAUUGUACAUUCAUUUUUUUAUGAAUAAUAAAGAUCACCAAAAAAAAAAA